AUGACGAGAACGCAGAAUGCGCCCCGCCGGCUGACUCUAAGUUCUCCCUUGUUCACGUGGCAGAAAUUCCAUCGCGAUCUGCCGGCGACGAAGCAGUACGCGUACGGCACGAGUCAGAAGACGGCGUCGUACCCCGGCCCCACCAUCGUGGCCAAGGUGGGCAUCGACACGACGGUGACGUGGGAGAACCAUCUGCUCGACAACACGCACAUGUUCACCGUCGAUCGCACCAUCAUGAUGGGCGUCAAAGUCCCCAAGAAGGGCAUUCCCAUCGUUGUGCAUCGCCACGGCGGCUCCCAGCAGAGCUACUACGACGGCCACCCUCUCGCGUGGUUCACGCAGUACGGCGAGAAAGGCCCGACCUUCUUUAACAGCACGUUCAAGUAUGUGAACGACGAGGCGUCGACCAUAUGGUACCACGACCACAUGGUAGGCAUGACGCGCCUCAACGUCGCCGCCGGUCUCGCGGGGCUGUACAUUAUCACGGACCCCAAGCUCGAGUCCAAGUUCACUUGGCUGCCGCCCGCCUCCCGAACCGUCCCGCUCGCCAUCGCGGAUCGGCUGUUCUUCGCCAACGGCUCGGUGAACUACCCGAACGUGGGCAUUGUGCCGAAUGUGCACCCCAACUGGAUUCCCGAGUACCUCGGCGACACCAACAUGGUCAACGGCGUCGUUUGGCCGUACCUCAAGGUCCGGCCUGCGGUGUACCGGUUCAAGAUGCUGGGUGCGGCGAACGCGCGUUUCUACAAUCUGCAGUUCGUUUGCGCACAGCGCGGCGACUACCCCAACUUCGUGCCGCCGCUCAAGGGCCAGCAAGCACGUGCUAACACGUUCCCUUCCAACGCGCAGAUUGCCACCGACGGAGGCUAUUUGGGGAAGCCGGUAACCUCCAAGUCGGUGCUGCUCAUUCCGGGCGCUCGCCAGGACGUGUUGGUUGACUUCUCCAGCCUGCCCGCCACGUGCAAGGACGUGAUUCUGCAGAACACCGCGUCCGCGCCUUUCCCCGCUGGUGUGACGGCUGACCGCGACACCGGGCUUGUCAUGCGCUUCGUCAUCACUAACAAAAAGCGCAUCCCCGGCGCGAAAGUCCCCAGCUCCAUCGUGGGCAUGCCGCCGAUCGACUUCAAGAAUGUCGCCAAGGUUCGCUGGCACCGGCUGGUGGAGGAGAUGGACCCCAAGACGAACCUGCCCGUCCGCGUCACCAUCGACAACCUCGGCUUCAUGGACCCCCCCAGAGACUUUCCCAAGCAGGGCACGAACGAGCUGUGGCACAUCAUCAACCUGUCGGCCGACGCGCACCCCAUGCACUUCCACCUCAUCGACCACCGCCCCAUCUCCCGCCGCCCCUUCAACGUCGCCGCGUUCCAGUCCGGCAAGUGCGCGUUCCGUGGCAACAAGCUCCCGCGCUGCUGGACGGGCCCGCGGGUUCGCAUCGACCCCACUGAGAACGGGUGGAAGGACACCACCACGGCGUACCCCGGUCAGGUGCUGACGCUCUUGUUCCCCUGGAUGGAUAGUAUGGGCAAGGCUUUCCCGUUCGACGUGUCUGCUGGCCCUGGCUACGUGUACCAUUGCCACAUGCUGGAUCACGAGGAUAACGACAUGAUGCGGCCGUUCAAGUCCCCGCGCCGAUGGAGCUACGGGCAGCAUGGGGCACCUGAAUGGACCUGCGGUCGUGGAACGGCAGCAACCUCUCUCCUCCCCUCCCCACCCUCCCUCCUCAUACUCGCAGUCCCCGCGCUGAUGGAGCUGCGCGCAGCAUGGGGCAGCUACAUGGACCUGCGGUCGUGGAACGGCAGCAACCUCUCUCGCCCCCCCCUCCCUCUCUUUACCUUCCUUCCGCGUGCUCCUUCCGCCUUCCCCCAGCCCAGUCCCCGCGCUGAUGGAGCUACGGGCAGCAUGGGGCAGCUACAUGGACCUGCGGUCGUGGAACGGCAGCAACCUCUCUCGCCCCCCCCUCCCUCUCUUUACCUUCCUUCCGCGUGCUCCUUCCGCCUUCCCCAGCCCAGUCCCCGCGCUGAUGGAGCUACGGGCAGCAUGGGGCAGCUACAUGGACCUGCGGUCGUGGAACGGCAGCAACCCGUGCAGCCGCUGGUGGCUCGUCACGUGCUCGUCACGUGUUGGAGCAACGGGCUGCUGCGUCGCAUGGACGUGAGCUCCAAGGGCACGCUGCCGUCCGUCAUCGGCAAUCUAACCAGCCUGGAAGAGUUGUAA